AGGCUGGACCGCUGGAGAGGCCCAAGCCUCAGGUUCCGCUUCUCUGGAAUCUCUGCGCACAGCCGCUUCAUUCUUGGAAUCUUGGCUUCUCUCACGCUCUGCUUAGAGGCCACAGCAGGAGGACGGCAGGACGCAGUCGGCAGCGCACAGGCGUGAUUCCUUCUGCUGAUGUUAACCGUUCUACUCCCGCCCCUACUCCGACAGCCGCUGGAAAGGGUAAGAGAAAACUGGUUAUUGGAGACCAGGGUACUGAAGAACAAAGCCGGAAGAGGCGUCAAGGGGUGAUGGCACUCAGCUUAUUCCGAUCGACCAUGUGGUUGAAUUGACUGGUCCAGAAACUGAGCCUAAAAGGCCUAUCAUCCCAACUGCUAUGUCAGGGGGUUCAGUCCUUACCGACAUGCCGGUCGACGAUCGAAUGUUUGUGGAAUUUUCUAACAUGGGGCCUCGUGCCGAUGGGAGGUAUCUGUUCGGGCAAAUGCCAUCCUCCAUGUGGUGCAACACCUCCUUGAAGGUUCUCCUCAGUUUCUCCCACCUCACUCAUUGGUCUGAUCUGUUCGAGGCAGGUUAUCAAGAGGCUCUCAAGGCCGGAGUAUAUUAUCACUCGGCUUUCCUGACAGCCAAGCAGGAGAUGAAGCGUCUGGCCAGCGACCGGGAUGAUGGUCAGAUGCUUCUAUCUGCCGCUCGUAAGCUGAUCACGGACUUGCAGGACCGUGCUACCAGAGGUGAGAGAGCAAUAGCCGAAGUGGCUGAGAUGGAGGAGAGGAUCCGCCGCCGCGAUCGGGAGAUCAGGGAUCUCAAGGCAAAGGUGAAGGUGGCCGAAUCUGCUGGGUUGAAAUUUGACAAAGUCAAGGGAGAAAAUCCUCCCGUUCCUUAUAUUGCUGAUACUUCCAAGAUCACCACAGAGGCGGUGAUUGACUACCAACGAGGGAAAGGGCUGGACGUUGCCCUGCAAAACACCGCUCGGCAGUUUUUGGGACCUCAUCUUGGCCAAUUCUUGCGUGAGAGUGAGGAUCCUAUCAAGGCGGGGAUCGAUCUCCUGGAUGGCACACCAGAAGGAAAAUCUUUCCUGGACGUCUUGACCGAGAAGACGGUGAAGCAAAGUCAGGAUCUGCUUCUCGACAGGAACCUUGAUCUGAUCAUGGAACAUUUCUCCAAGCCGUUCGAUCCUCAUGAUUUAGGGUUUGAUGACCUGUUCGGGAAUACUUAUGAUCGGGUCAUCGAGAAGAGGCAGAAAACGGCUUAUGGUGAUGUGACGCAGCCUGGUGGCCCUCAACCUCUAUCUUCCCCGAACAGGGAUCAUCCAGUAGCAUAAUCUUGUUUGUUUAUUCUUUAUUUUUCUUAUAUUUCCCGGUCAUUAGUGCCGAAGAAUAAAGAUCAAUUCGUC